GGCAUGGCGGACGGCGUAGGUGAAUUCUGGAUGGCGGCGGCGACUCUCUCUCUCUUUCCCUCUCUCCCUCCCUCUCCCUCCCUCUCCCUGCCUCCCUCCAGCCAGCCAGCGAGCGAGCGAACAAGCGAGUGAGGAGGGGCCGAGGCGAGAGGAGGAGGGAGGAGGAGGAGGGGGAGGGGUAAGAGGAAGGAGGAGGAGGAGGAGUGGCCUAGCUCGACACUCCCGCGCAAGCCGUGACUCAGGGCGCACGGACCCGCGGCUCCUCCUCUGGUCUGGCACUCACCUCGCCGCGCCAGCAUCACCACCGCGGCCUUGCGAACCACCACGCCGCCGCCACCACCACCACCACCGCCGCCGCCACCUCAGUUGUGAACCCUCCGCCGCCGCCGCCGCCGCCGCCGCUGCCCCGUACAAAAGUUUGGUAAUUUAGUUUCAAAGAACUUUUGGUCAGAGUUGAGAUAAUCAAACUCGGCCAAACUCAAGUCACUCGGGACGCGGAGACGAGACGGGCGCAAGUUGGCCUCUGCCGUGACCGCCCGUUGUGACCCACUGGUGAAAGUUGUGAUUUUUGCCCCGACUUGCUUCUUCAACUCCUCCUCCUCCGCUCACUCUCACUCUCACCCCGGAACCUUACACUACUACUCUCCCUUCUUCCUCUUUCCUCCUCUUCCCUCCUCUUCUUUCUUCUACCCCGGCGGAUCUUUGCAUUUUUUUUUCCACUUUUUGUUGGCUUUCUUCCCUUCGGCGGGUGACGCACGGAACAAAGGCCACACGAGCCAGGUGACCCAAGGUGACCUAACACACACAUGACCCGCCGCCGCCACGCCCCCGCGGCCACACACACCAUGGCCUGCCCCCCGCCGCGUCGCUGCUGACCCGUGACCUCGGUGGUGGCCGCUCUAGUGCCAAUCUAAACACUUCACUCCACCCCAAAGCCCCCGGCACUGGACCCCCUGCUGGGCGCCCUCCCCUGGUGGACCCCCCUCCCCCCCUCCUCCCGAGAUCGAAUGCCGUCAUGACAUCGGGCACGGAGAGAAAGCUGAAUGGCGGAGGGGCGGGGAAAGGGAGGGGGCGGCCCCGCGGGGGGGAAGGCGUGCAGGGGCGGGACGAAGGGGGGGAGGCCCGGGAGGAGGAUGAGGAGGGGCGAAGAGGGGGCGUGGAGGGAAUCACUUCAAGGAGAGAACGAGGGAGAGCCACAAGGCGGGGGUCCUCUGGGGAGGCCCCAGGGGACAGUCCCCCGGGCCCUGCGAGGCGGGACGGGGCCACUGCCUCCCCACCCCGCCCAGAGGCCGCCAAGAAGGGCGGGAAGGGCGCGGCCAAGGGCGUGAGGAGGGAGCGGGGCAAGCGUGCGGGCCGCGCCAGGGGCAGGGGCGCGGCGCGGCGGGACGGGCCCGGCGAGCCUGACCCCUCCCGCCCACCCGCCCGCGGCCCGCCGGACAAAGGGGGCGGCGAGCCCAAGAACACGCCCCCCGGCCCCCAACAGACACCGCCCACCGACCCUCCGCCCCCAGGCGAAAUCCCCACACCCCCGCCCCCGCCCCCCCAGGCCAAGUUAGACGUGACCAACACUCCCCCCACCACCCCAAGACCCUCCACCCCCUCCACCCCCACCCACACCCCAAGCCCCUCCCCCUCCCCACCAACACCCACCACUCCUACGGCCACCUCACCCACCCCUUCACCCACCCUCACCACCAUACCUGCCACACAAGCCUCCUCCUCCACCAUCGUCUCCACCACUACCACCACCACCACCACCUCUACAACCACCUCCACCACCACCUCCACCACCACUCCACCCACAACCAGACCCUCCCCGUCCCUUACCACCAGUCCCUCCACCUCCUCGACUUCUGCCAAAACCGAAGGUCUUCCAACCCCUCCCGCGCCCCCGCCGCUGCCCCGGGUCCUACGGGAAGUCCGGCCGCGGCGGGAAGGUGAUGGGCGUGACGGGGCGGGUGAGGGUGCGCGUUGCCCCCGCGAGACGCUGCUGUCACGAUGGAUCGAGGCGCGGGCGGCGGCGGGACAGACGGGCGGCGGGCGGCCGAGGCCCCUGCUGGCCCACCGCCUCAAGCCGUCCCCUUUCACCAACCUGAUGGCGGCGCAGCAGCUGCUCCGCGGCCACCGGGACUCCGUUGACCCGUCGCCGCAGAGCCGCACCGCGCCCCCCGGCGAGGCCAGGCCCAUCCCGGGAUCUGCCUCCACCAGCAGGGAGGCAGCGGGCGGAGGAGGCAAGGCUGGGGAGAAGGAGAAAGAACAGGAAGACGAAGACGAAGAUGAAGAAGAGGAGGAGGAGGAGGAGGAGGAAGAGGAGGGCCCUCAAGACCUGUCCAAGAAGGGUCGCGGCGGCAGCGACGACGGCUCUGACUUGUCCGACGACGCCGCCAAGACGGUCGCCUCCAACGACUGCUUCGCCGACGAUGACGACGACGACGAUGACGAUGACGACACGAGCAACGAGAUGCGCAUCGUGGAGGACGAGGGGGAGCUGCGGGAGCUGGACCUGUCCCUGCCGCGGCGAGGGGAGCCCCGCCCCCCGCCACCCCGGCCCCCGCGCACCCGCGAGCCCCGGACGUCCCGCCCCACCCUGGACGACCAGCGCGCCGCCGCCGCCUGUCUGCUGCAGCUCAAGUCGUCUUCGACGCCGCCCGCGCCCUACGUGCUCAAGGUGCUGCCGCCCGAACCCGCCCACCAGCCCCCCGCCGCGCCUGCCCCCGCGCCCCCGCCCAGGCCACCCCAGCCCUCCAGGGCCCCGCCCCCCGAGGCCGCCCAGCCCAUCAUGCCCUCCCUCGGCCUUGAGAGCAGUAAAUGCCCCACGCCGGGAUGUAACGGCACGGGGCACGCCACCGGCCUCUACUCCCACCACCGCUCCCUCUCCGGCUGCCCCAGGAAGGAUAAAGUCACCCCGGAAAUCCUCGCGGCCCACGAGACCAUCGUCAAGUGCCCGACGCCCGGCUGCUCCGGCCGCGGCCACGUCAACCAGUCCCGGCACUGCCACCGCUCGCUGUCCGGCUGCCCCGUGGCCGCUGCGUCCAAGCAGGCAGCGCGCCACGCCCGCCAACGCAUGGCCCUACUGCAGCAGCCCCACGUGUCGCUCCAGCAGACAGCAGCAGCAGCAGCAGCCGCCACGUCAGACCGCCUGCUGAGGCCCGUGUGUUUCGUGAAGCAGCUUGACUUCCCACAGCCGCCGCUCCCACUCCUGCCCGCCGCCUCCCUGCCCCCCUCCACCUCGGCCGCCGCCGCCCAGCCGCCCGUCACCCGCCGCCCCUCCCCCUCCACCAGCGACGCACCCCCGCCCCCGCCUCCGCCGCCGCCGCCUCCGGUGGUGGUGAAGGCCGAGGCCAGCGUCACGUCGUCCACGCCCGCUGCCGCCGCCUCCGCAGCCUCGCCGCAGGGCUUCGCGUCCCUGUGCUCGCCGGUGCCCGAGGACGAGGUCGAGACCUCCCCGCGGGGGUCGCCGCGCCCCCUCGCUGACUCCACCUCCCUCUCCUUCGCCCCGGACUUCUGCCCCGCCCCCGCCGCCGGGUCUUCCUCCUCCUCUUCCUCGUCCUCGUCAUCCUCGUCGUCGUCUGCCGCCGCCGUAAGCAGCUCGGUGGAGCCCCGCGCCGCAGACAGCCGCCACCUGAUGGAGACAUCCUCGGCACAGCCGCCCGCCGCCCGCGAUCCGCCCAAGGCCUGCAUGGAGGAGGUGGGCGGUGGCGGCAGGCUGGCUCUGACCCCCACCAACAACAACAACACCACCACCGCCAACAACAAUAACAACAGCAGCAGUACCAACAACAACACCACAAACAAUACCUCCACCAGCACCAACAACAUCAGUAGUAGCGCCAGCAGCGUGGCCGCCGGCGGCAGCCUUUCCGCCGCCGCCACCACCACCGCCAGCGGCACCGGCAGAAGCGGUGCCAACAACGGCGCUGGGCGCGGCCUCAGCCCCCAGAAGGGCUUGGGAGGGCUGGAGCCCGUGGGCGUGAAGGGCGGCGAGAGCGGCGGGCUGGGCUGCUUCGGAUACCGCGGCGAGGAGGACGCUGGCCUGAUCCGGCCGGCGCCCAUCACGGAGGUGCGGGCCAGCGAGGCACGCUUUGACCUGCCUCACUCCUACACCACCCUCGACCUGGACCGUCAGGCCGCCGUGCCCGUCUCCCAGCCCCACUUGCCCCCUGCCCCCGCUCCCUUCGAGGCAUCCACGGCCCCGGCAGGCAGCGGCUCAUUGGGGGGCGGCUCCCUCUCAGCCAUGACGCCCACGCCCGGCCCCCUGGUUGGGGGCGCCGGACCCCUGCUGCCCCCACACGGACCCUUCGACGGCCUGAAGCCGCCCGUGUCCUCCGAGUACCCUGUCACCACCGCCCACAACACUUUCUUCAUGAACAAGGCGGCGUGCGGCGCAGAGGUGAAGCUCAACGAGGCCACGCCCUGCACCGCCGCCUGCAUGCCGCCCGCCCCGCCGCCGAACACCAUGUACCAGAGCCCGGGGUACAGAUACGACAGCUCGGCCAUCAACCUGAGCGUCAAGACGCCCGCGCUGGGCCCCAACCCCAUGUCCCCCGCCAGUGUGAUGGACCUCUCGGGGCCCAUGGGUGCCGGCGGCCCCAUGGUUACCUCCCCGCACUACCCCGGCCCCGGCGUGUCGCCCUGCUACAGCGGCCCCCAGCUCGUGUCCCCAGGCAGCUCCCACGACUCCCAGCACACCAGCCAGACCCUCGACCUGUCCCUCGCCAGGCCCCCGGGCUCCCUCAGCGGCCCCACCAGCCCCGAGUACAGCCCCCCUUCACGCCUGGGGUCGGGGUACCCUGGGGGCGGUGCACCCUUCCAGCAGCCGGCCACCAUCGACGAACAGACCGAACCCGUGGACUUCUCUGCACCAACUGAGCCUGUUAAUUUCAGCCUCGCCCGCCCCCUUGAUUAUGGCGUCACCCCCGACUACUCCCGCGCCCCCACCGCCCCCGCCUGCACCCCCCACGACAACGGGUACGCCGCCACGCCCGACAGAUCCCACGACUUCCGGAACAUGAACGGCUACAACACCAUGACCACCCGCCCCUACGACGUGACCAGCGCCUACAACGCGGGCUACAUGGGCUACCAGAGCUACCAGGGCGGGUACAUGGGCGCCGGCAGCUACGGGACGGCCAUGAGCGGGGACUACAUGACCACCAGCGCCUGUACCACCCCCUACCAGCUGUCCCCAUCACGCUCCCAGCCCCCGCCCACGCCCAUGCCCGACAGCAGCGGCGUACGUGCUUACUCCCGCAGCAGCAGCAGGAGGGACGGGAAGGAGCUGAUCCAGUGCCCCACGCCAGGCUGCGACGGGAUGGGCCACGUCACCGGGAACUAUGCCACUCACCGCAGUCUUGGUCCCAAAGCCCCUCACCUGGCCAAGUCUCUCCUCGCCCCACCACGCAGCCUGUCCGGGUGUCCCCGCGCCGACCGCUCCAGCAUCCAGCACCAGACGCAGGAGCUCAAGUGCCCCACGCCAGGAUGCGACGGCUCCGGCCACGUCACCGGCAACUACUCAUCCCACCGCUCGCUGUCCGGCUGCCCGCGCGCCAACAAGCCCAAGCACAAGCCAAAGGACACGCAGGAUUCGGAGCCACUGCGCUGUCCAGUCCCUGGAUGUGAUGGGUCGGGGCACUCCACGGGCAAGUUUCUCAGUCACAGGAGUGCCUCCGGGUGUCCCAUCGCCAACCGCAACAAGAUGCGCUCCCUGGAGGGGGGCGGGGGGGCGGGGCUGGGGAUGGGCGUCACCAUGGGCGUCUCCACUGGUCUAGCGGCCAUGGGGGAGCCUCGACCUCCUCUCCUGGCGGCGUCGUACUCCACGGGCGGCCCCACUGGCCCACCCACGGCCGCCCACUCCCUCUUCGCCCGCCCACUCCUCCACCCCCUCCAGCCCCCUCCCGCCAAGAAGCUCAGGAUGGAUGACUCGUCCCUGGCCUUCAAGACAGAAGGCGAGGACCACACUGGCUUGGCCUCGGAGAUCUCGGAGUUACAGAAAGAGAACGCUUCCAUGGAUUCGCACGUGAACAAAUUACGCCAUGACGUCUCCUCUAUGGAAGUGGCCCUCAAGGUCGAGCAGAAGGAGGCGGCUGGAGCUGGUGAGCGCGGCGCGCACCUCACCGAGUACUACGAGUCGCUACGGAACAACGUGAUGUCGCUGCUGGAACACGUGAAGCUCCCCGGCGGGGGCGGCGCCCCGCCACCCAACGAGCGGCUGAGCCACGACAACUUCGACUCGUACCUCUCCAAGAUACACUCACUCUGCACCGAUAACUACUGCGACGACAACCGCCCGCUGUACGACAGCGUGCGCUCCGCCCUGCACGACUUCACGGUGCCGCCCACGCCCAUCUGACAUGACUAGGGGUACGCCGGGGCGGGGUCGGCGCCCCCCUCAGUGGCAGCGGCGGCGGCCAGCGUCCCGCCCACCCACUCGUACUUCCCGACCUCCUUCACCACGCCCUUCUUCGGCGUCCCGCCCGUUAGCACCAGCAUGGCCAACAGCAUGGCCAUGGGCGGCAUGGGUGGCGGCGCCAUGGCCGGCAGCGGCGGCGGGGGCGGCGGGGGUGGCGGGGGCGGCGGAGCGCCCGCCACCCAUGGCUUCGUCAACCCCGGCCACAACGCAGCCCUGGGCAGCAGCAGGUGACGGGCCCCGCCCCGCCCCGCUCCACCCCCCGCUCACCCCCACCACGAGCUUUAACCUCUGCGAUGACGUGUACAUAGCGGCCCCAACGAGGCCUCGCCGGGGCGGGGCGGGGCGGCGCGGCGCGUAUAUAGUGUAGCGGCUUCCCUGUGUCUGCUCCGUGUUCCCCGAGGCCCCGCCCCGCCCCGCCCCGGCCGCCGUCCGGGCCCCGCGAGGCCCCGUCCCGCGGCGCCACGGACGUAAAUCCUUCGGUGUGUUACUGUUUUAUAUAUACUGUAUUUACAUCAUAGGUUUGUAGGCUAACCCCGAGAGGUAGUGUUUGUUUGUUUGUGGCUGCGUGGCGGCAAAGUGUGUGUGUGUGUGUGUGUGUGUGUGUGUGUGUGUGUGUGUGUGUGUGUGUGUGUGUGUGUGUGUGUGUGUGUGUGUGUGUGUGUGUGUGUGUGUGUGUGUGUGUGUGUGUGUGCGCACGCCUGUGUGUGUGUGUGUGUGUGUGUGUGUGUGUGUGUGUGUGUGUGUGGCAGGCAUGCUGGCGGGCAAGCGUGUCGGACAAUCAAAAGAACACACACACACACACACACACACACACACACACACACACACAUCAUCAUCAUCCCGGUGAGUGUUGUUGCCCCUCGGGGCCUGAGAGUGCCCCGCCACCUUUCCGUUCCUUCUGCCCCACCCAGUGCCGGGCGUGUCGGGGCGGUGCCUCUCGCUCGCCGCCGUGCCCCGUUGCUGUGUGUCCCCUUGCAGUAGAGGUAAUGAGUGCCGUGGUCCUCCCAGCAGCUGUGUUUUGUAGUGGGCCGCCAAGAAGAGUUGUAGCUGCGCAUUGCGAGGGGCGCCCCGCGGCCCAUCUCUGCCAGGUACUGAUGAGAUGCCGCCACGGCCAGCCACGGAGUGUUUGCCACGGGCGAGCAGAGCUGCCGGUCCGGCCACGCUGCGGGAGGCACCGGCGCCUGGCGCACACACACACACACACACACACACACACACACACACACGUGACGGAUGGACUAAAAGACAUGCCGCCGCGUGAGUUGAAUGUAUGUGCUGCCGCGGCGGGAGGAACAGCAGCAGCAUGGCUGCAUUUGGCUGCCCAGCAGCCCGAACAGGUCAGUUAGUGUCCCGCAGUCCCGUCAGAAAGCUGCCUUGGAGCGCUGCUUCUCCCGUGAGUAAUCCACCCCGCGAAGGGUGAGGCAAUGGAGGAGCGCCAGGCGUGUCCCUCCCCGGGGGUGUCGUGCAGGCGUGCCGCGGCACGCCGGACACCUGUCGCGUGCCCGGCGACCUCAACGACCGCAGCAGCAGCAGCAGACUGUUUCUACCGAUUACUUUCGACGUUACCAUGUCCUGUUGUGUUGCAUAGGGUGUCGAGCGUUACAAUUCCCCCCCCCCCUUCCCCUUCCCUCCCCUCUCCCCUACCCUUCGCCCCUCCCCUGCCCCCUCCCUCCCCUCCCAUUGUUGUGUUGUCACUGGGUCAAUGCCAGUGGGGGGGCGGGGCUGCCAGGCUAGGCCCUUCCCCCCUCCAUAUUUUUUGUAUAAAUGUACCUUAUCACUCAAUGUAUUAAACUGUCAUUUUGAAGCUA